UGGCAUUUCUUAAGUGCAGUUUGUUUUCUUUGUGCAGGAUCCAGGAGUUCUACCUCACCAACAACUGCUGAGCAUGACAAGUCACAGCAGGGAUGCCGCCUCCGAUGUGACUUCUGUCACUAUGAAGCUGGAAAUCCGUUGCGUCUGAAAGAACACGUCAGGCUACACACAAUUGGGGGUCCGCUUCUAUGCCACUUGUGCCCUCAGAGUUUCUCGCGACGAGACUCACUCAGGCUACACCUACGCAUCCACACAGGCGAGAAACCGUUUCAUUGCACUUCAUGCCCUCAGAGCUUCUCGCGAAAACAUUUCCUUAAGGAACACCUACGCGUCCACACAGGCGAGCGGCCAUUUGAAUGCCACUUGUGCCCACAGAGCUUCUCGGAAAGGUCCAAGCUGAAUCUACACCUACACACCCACACAGGCAAGAAGCCAUUUCAAUGCCCUUCAUGCCCUCAGAGUUUCUCUGAAAAGUCUAAGCUGAAGGAACACCUGCGCACCCACACAGGCGAGAAGCCAUUUCAGUGCCCUUCAUGCCAUCUGAGCUUCGCACAAAAGGGUAAUCUGAAGAAACAUCUGCGCAUCCACACCGGCGAGAAGCCAUUUCAGUGCCCUUUAUGCGUUCAGUCCUACACGUAUAAGGAUAAUCUGAAUCAACACUUGCGCAUCCACGCAGGUGAGAGGCCAUUUCAGUGCCCUUCAUGCCCUGAAAGCUUCUCACAAAAGGUCGCUCUCAAUGAUCACAUGCGCAUCCACCCAGGCGACAGGCCAUUUAAAUGCGACUUAUGCCCUCGGAGCUUUAUGAUGAAAGGCCGCCUCACAAGGCAUUUGUGUGACCAUAAGAAGUGACCAUUUCAGUGCUAGUUCUGCUCUAAGUGCUUUCUUGUAACAGCAUACUCGACUGGUCAUUCCAGAACACUUUGACAGUGCUAAGAAAGUCAUGUAAGGCAACUAUAAAACUGUGGGUCUCGUAAGAAUAUAAGGCUUCUUCUUCACCGCUGUAGCAUUCUUAUGCAUGCAAUAAAGCUUUGUGACUAUCUUACAUGUCUUCUCUAGCAUUCCCUUGUAGCUCUAACCGACCAGUCAGAUGUGCCGUCACUUACAAGAUCAACUUGCCCAUCCACACAGUUG